AUGAAUAUUCAUUCAAAUAUUUCAAAAUUCGCAUUCAUCCUUGGAAAAUGGUCAGGUAAAGGAGAAGGCAUAUAUCCAACAAUUCAAUCAUUUAAAUAUACAGAAGAAAUGGAGUUUACAACCAAUGGUAAACCAUUUAUUGCAUAUCAACAAAAAACUUGGAAUGAUCAAGGUUCACCUCUUCAUUGUGAAAGUGGAUAUUUAAGAUUCCCACCUAAUGGUUCAAUUGAAUGGGUUAUUUCAGAACCAACAGGAGUUACAGAAAUUUACGAAGGUAGAGUCGAAAAUAGUGAUAAUGGUGAUACAAUUAAAAUUUGUUUUAAAUUAACUAAUAUCCAAAGAACUCCAACUGCUAAAGCACCACAUACAACAAAUGUUCAUAGAAAUUUAGUUUAUAAUUCUAAAAACAAUACUUUAUCAUACUAUUUAGAUAUGGCAACAGAAAAAACAGUAGAGCUAACCCGUCAUCUCGAAGCUCAUUUUGAAAAAAAGAAUUAA